AUGCUGAUCGAGAAAGAAGGAGGAACCGUUGCCGAUGCGCUCGCCGCCCUCUCUCUGGUCCGCGAGCUCGUCCCCAUCGCCCUCCAGGUCCUCGGCCACGAAGAAGCUGAAAUUAGCGAGCUGGUCAUCGACUUCAUCCGCAGCUACGUGCUCAUCGUCAACGCCAGCAAUGAAGCGGAGACGCUAGAAUUCCUGAAGCGUGUCGUCCAAGUAUCCCUGCGCCGCUACACGAUGCCCUUCGAGCUGGAGCCGGACGGCGAGGGGGAGGACGAGAUCAAGUUCCACGAAUACCGCACCCAGCUGCGCAGUCUGAUCAACCCCAUUGGAACUCGCCGUCCCCAGCUCGUCGUGGAGCCAGUAGAACAGAUGGUGGCCCAGGUGUUGAGCUCGGGCAAGACGAUGAACAUCCGGCAGGUCGAGGCCACGAUACAGCUCGUCUACUCGCUGGCCGACAUGAUUCCGGCAAAUUUCCCCAACACUGCAAAAGACAAGGACGUUUGGCUGGUGCGCGCCGCUCAACUACCCCUGGCUCUUUUGGACGCCGUCCCACUCGAUGGUCGCUCCAAGCAGGUGCAUAUCCAGUACUUUGAGAAUGUGUGCCGGUAUGAAAAGCUGGUCGGAACAUCCCCGAAUAAGGUUGUCCCGCACGUCGCGGCCGCUUUCCUCGACGAACGAGGCCUCGGCUUCCCGAGCGAUAAGGUCCGCAGCCGCAUCGCCUAUCUCUUUGUGCGAUUCGUGAAGGCACAGAAGCAAGCACUCAGCCCGCUCGUCUCUGAGAUGGUGCCCCGCAUCGCGCCGAUACUGGCCCCGGGAGCCGUGACGCCGCUGUCACCAGAAGAUCAGGGCUUCCUGUUCGAGGUCACCGCCACGCUCAUCGUUUUCGGCAACUUGGAACCGCAGCAAAAGCGCCAAUUCUUCGAGGAGCUGAUCGGCACCGUGGCCACCCGUUUCCAGCAGGGAAUGCUCGAGCUCCAGGCGGCACGUCAGCAGGGGAUCCCUGAAGAGAUCACCAGAUGCGAGACGUCACUCACCACCGUUGUCUCUCAUGCCAGUCGGCUCUCCAAGGCCUUCUCGAAGGACGUGACGAUGAAUUCGCAGUCGAGCGCCGAUCUGUUUAUGAACAUCCUCACCCUAUUCCUCGACCAGCUAACCCCGGUCAACGCCUUCUUGCUGGAGAACAUCCGGCAGCUCACCAACCGCCUCGUCGUCUGCAUAGAGCAGGAGAUGCUGCGGCUCUUGCCCCGCGUCUUGGGCAAGUUCAGCGAGUGCAGCUCCGAGCUGGACCAGAUGCAUCAUCUUCUCAUCCUGUGCCAUCAGGUCGUCACCAAGUACAAGAAAUCCAUCCUUCACACCGGCUCCAACCUGGGCACGAUUCUCUCGCAGGCGGCGCGUUUCGCUUCCGACCCGGAGGUGCAGGCAAAGUUCCGGCAGGAUUCUGUGAACAAGUCGGCAUUGCUAAUGUGCCAACGAUCCUUUGCUCAAUUCCUGUAUGCCGUUGUGGUCAGCGAGACGUUGCAGGAUCUGGCUCCGGGAGAAGCCGGCGACAUGGUCCUCGAAUCCGCUCGUCGACUCGCCUUCCUCUCCGACACCACCGUCCAAAAGCAGGCAAUCAUGAGUCUGGCCAAGUGCGCGAUCCAGAGCAUCACCCACAACGGCGGUCGCUGGUAUCAACCAAUGGUGCGCACCAUUCUGGAGAUCCCCACACUCCCGCAUUUGGCCCCCACCGAUGCCGGCAGUCAAAUCGUGCUCCACGAGUGCGCCAGCGGGCUGCAGUCUAUGCGAGAAGCCGCACAGCCGCAAUUCGAUCAAGUCGUCGCCGGACUGCUGCCAGGAGAAAUCGGAACGAAUCUAAUCGGAAUGCUGUCCACGCUGAAGGGCCGCGAGCUCGACAAGGCACUCACCGAAUUCUACUCGCGGAUUCGCAGCCAGCAGCAGAAGACGGCG